AUGGCGUGGAGAAGCUACAUUGUGAAAUGGACCCAAACAAGUCUAAUUUCACCGAAAAACGCAACUAGGCUGGACCUCUACUGCCAAACCAAGCGUGGAUUUCGCCGUGACGCUAAAAGGCCAGAAACAAAGAAAGGGAAUGUCACGAAAGAAACACACGCCAACACUUCACCUCCUGAAAGCCCACAAGGACCGCCACCUCAACCUCAACGUGUUCCCCGACCCAAGCUGCUUAAGCCCUUCCUGUUUACAGUGGGGUUUACAGGCUGCUCCUUCUGUGCCGCGGCCAUUCUGCAGUAUGAGAACCAAAAGUCAAGAGUCAGAACUUUAAGGGAUGAUGAGUCUGAUAAACUCCUGCAGGGCUCCACAGACAUGGUGUACUGGCAUGACUGGUGGAACAAGCUGACAGACUUCCAGCGCCAGCUCAUCCUCCUCAUGUCUGUGGCGGAUGACUUCUGGAGCAGCCUCACCGAAGGCCAAAGGACCGUCUCUGGUAUUAUCUUGGCGAAUGCCGUGGUCCUGUGCUGCUGGAAGAUCCCCUCGCUGCGAAGAAGCAUGUUAAAGUAUUUCAUAUCCAACCCAGCGUCCAAGAGCCAGUGCCUUCCCAUGAUCCUGUCACCUUUUAGUCACUUUUCCGUCCUCCACUUUUUGGCCAACAUGUAUGUUCUGUGGACAUUUUCCUCCGGGAUUGUCUCCUUAUUAGGGAGGGAGCAGUUCCUUGCCGUCUAUAUGUCAGCCGGGGUUAUUUCCAAUAUGCUCAGCUACUUAUGUAAAACAACGUCUGGGCGCAUCUUCCCUUCUUUAGGAGCGUCAGGUGCAGUCAUGGCAGUGGUGGCUGCUUUGUUCGCCACAGUACCAGAAGCCAAACUGAACUUAAUUUUUCUUCCUAUGAUCAGCUUGACUGCGGGAAAUGCUCUGAAAACUCUUGUUGCCAUUGACGUGACAGGGUUGCUGAUGGGAUGGCGGGUGUUUGACCACGCGUCUCACAUCGGCGGAGCCCUCUUUGGCGUCUGGUACGUGGCAUACGGUCACAAGUUGAUAUGGGGCAAGAGAGAUACCGUGGUCGAGAUGUGGCGCAAAAUCCGCACUCCUGGUGGGGGCGGAGCAAGACCAGGAGGCGGGCCCGAGAAUAAUCCCAAAGGAGGGCCACAUAGGCCUAACUGA